CCUGGCAACAGCGAGCGCUGCUCCAUAAUUCACUCGUUGGCAAAAGCCUGCAGGGGCUCACGUUAGAUGAGGAGGUCAUGGAGGCACUGCACGCAUUGUGACACAGUUCUGCUGUGACACACCGAUCUACGCCGUCCAGUGGGAUGCAACAACCGCUUGUCAGUCACAUGCUGUGCUGCUUCAGGGAAUUAAACACUAAAAGGGUUAAAAGGGGAGGACGUCCGACUGAUUUGAAGUCAGUAGUGUGUGGAUGAGAGAGGAAAGAGAGGCAUAGAGGAGCCGGCUGAGGAAGCAAACGCUCACGAUGCUGCGGAUCUGUUCCACUGCAGUCUGACUGGCUUUGCUCUGCUGAGUGCAUGGGAGCACACCUCAAAAUUGUUAAUGUGCAUGGGUGAGACAGCACUUUGGCACCCACUCCUGGCAGAGAGAGAGCGAGAGAAAGAGGGAAGGAGGGAGACCACACACAAAGUUAAGACGUGAAUUAUUGUGGAAACAAGUGGACAAAAUGAACGGUGAAACUUUGACUGUCAGUGGACCAAACAGAAACUGUACGAGUAGCAGCUGGGAAGAUGCUGGCAAAGUUGGGAAGCCCUCUACUCCGACACGGAAACCUCAACCUCCCAAACCUGAGAACGCCAUCACCAUCGCAGUGUCGUCGCGAGUCCUCUUUAACAUGGAGCGGGAGCAGCAGAUUUACGAGCGGCAAGGCAUGGAGGAGUAUCUCAAGUAUCAGGUGGAGCAUGAAAGCUCUGGAGGCUGUCAACACUCGACUGCGGGAUCUCUACCCUCAGAGCGAGGAGCUGUUUGAUGUGGUACUCGUGACCAACAACCACGCAUACGUGGGCCUCAGGCUCAUCAAUACCAUCAAUCAUCAUCGCUUGUUCAUUGAACGCUUCUGUAUGACGGGAGGAAACAGUCCUAUAGGUUACUUAAAGGCCUACCACACGAACCUGUACCUUUCUGCUGACUCCACCAAAGUUCGAGAAGCUCUGGAAGAAGGCAUAGCUGCAGCCACCAUGUUCACCCCAGAGAAAAUGAAGGAAGUAUCAGAGACUCAGCUCCGUGUUGCUUUUGACGGUGACGCUGUCCUCUUCUCGGACGAGUCGGAACGCAUUUUCAAAGCCCAUGGAUUGGACAAGUUCUUUGAGCAUGAGAAGGCUCAUGAGAAUAAGCCUCUGGACCAUGGCCCAUUGAAGGGUUUCCUGGAGGCUUUGGGAAAGCUACAGAGGAAGUUUUUUGACAAAGGCCUGCGCAUGGAUUGCCCUAUCCGUACCUACCUGGUGACGGCCCGCAGCGCCGCCAGUUCCGGUACCAGAGCCUUAAAAACUCUGCGUUCCUGGGGCCUGGAAAUCGACGAGGCCCUCUUCCUAGCAGGUGCGCCAAAGGGCCCCAUGCUGGAGAAGAUCAGACCGCACAUUUUCUUUGACGAUCAGAUGUUUCACGUGGAAGGUGCAGCCGAGCUUGGCACGGUGGCCUGUCAUGUUCCCUACGGUAUUGCGCAGAAAGUUGCAAAGAAAUGACAUCUUCAUUAGUUGAACAUCGACAGGCAUAGGAGCAUUCAUAAGCAUAAGAAGUACCAAAAUGGGUUGAAAAGGCAAUAUAGUUAAGUCAGUUGAGUUUGCUUAAGAAUUUGAAAGCAGCCUGGAUGUGUGAACAGAAUGUGAUGCACGAGAGUCUGUAGUGCGUGCAAAAUGUUUGUUAAUAAUCAUCUUGUCAAAUUCAUGCCUCGCCGUAUGGUAUGUUGUAUUUUUAUGGUUUUGUAUUUUAUUUUUUUUUUGUCUUGAAUGUCGGUGGCAUGUUGUAAAUGACUGGUCAUGUAUUUUACCACUAUAAAUUUGGCACAUUGGUGAAAGAAAGUAUAUAUAAUGGAAACCUAACAGAUUUGAUAUGUUAUAUCGACACUCGUGGGCAGGCUUCAUUUCUGCUACUUGUGCCUCCUGUCUUGUUUGGACAUUUACCUGCGUGACACAAGUCUUAGGUAAAUGAAAACAAGAGACACUAUCAGCUGCAGUCAAUCAUGAUCACUGACAAGAAGUUAAUAGGAGAUGGUCAAGUUAAGACCUCCAGCACUACUUUUUUGGUAUAUUUGAACUUGUAUGUAUGAUUAUGACUGUAAAUUAGAGAAAGUGUAAGAAAAUCCAAACUGUAUGAUGGACAGGUGAUUAGUCGAGGGCGUUCCCCGCUUUGACUCCAGCUUCUUUGUAACCCUGAACAGAAUGAGCAGCAUGAAAAAAUGAAUGUCAGAAGUGAGAUUUUAUUGAUUUUAUUGAAACAACUGAACGGAGGUUCUGCUGUUUAAAAUAAGGAAUACAAUAUGGAGUUAUGUCCAUUUGACAAAAAAAACAUUGGUCUCAGAUGAUUGCAGCAACGAGUCCUCCUACCAUCCCUCCUGCAGUGGCCACAGCUGCAGAGGCAGCGCCUGAAAUACCAGCCAUUCCUACAGUGAGAUGAAAAACACUGCAUUUAUCCAUCCUUUUCUUUUGUUUAGAAAAUACACCACAUGGAUACACACAACACACAAAAUACAAAAGGAUGCAAAAGUGCAACGGUGCAAUCUAGUUUGAUAUAGGAUAAGUCAUUGCUGCCUUUAAAUAACAGUAAUUCAUCAAGUUUACAGUGGAUUUUCUAUUGUCCUAAAGCAAUUACACAGCAUAAUACUCAAAGCUUUUCCGAUGCUUUGCAGGAGCGCAGAUUUAUGCCACUGUAAGAUACAUGCAAGGCAUUUAAAGAUGCUAGCAUAUGUAGUAUUUUACAGUGGUCACUAGAUGUCAGUAAUAUUCCUGUAAUGUGCAGUGAGAAACACACCGGACUUGAUCACCUGAACAACAGACUUUUAUCCCAUAUUAUCUCCCACAAUGUGCAAUAAUCCCUAAAACAAGAUAUUGCUGCGGCUGUACCCCGCCGAGCUAAAAUUCAACUCUGAUCCCGUGACGCCUGCAUCACCGGAACACAUUUACAGCAACACAAACGGGUCUUAUUUAUACCAUAAAUUGCUUAUUUUCUGUUAUUUUGUCUACUAUAUUGGAUACCAAUGCCAAUACGAAGGUGAACGGUUGGAAACAGGCUUUCUAUGCUCUAACUCCAAAAAUAUUCCAUAUUUAAAUAAGAAGUCCUACUUUGUGGAAAUUCGCUUAUCACAGUUAACUCAGCGCAAUUAGGCUUUUUAAUGGGAGGGGCUAUGGGAGCGUCGAAUUCACAUCCUUUGUGAGUUUCAAGCAGGGAAACAACUCUACCGACAAAAUAUGACUAAUAGAUGGCAGAUGUGAGCUAGAUGAGAACUUUUGAAUCCAGAGCUUGACAUAAACCGCACCACGGAAAGUGAGAGGGUUCCCAUAGCUCCCCUUGUGUCGAUCCUUAACCGGUUUUGAGAUAGAUCAGUAAUACAUCGAAAGAUAGAGGCGGUCUUACAGAGAGACGACGGCAUGGGAGAGUUUUUAGCUUUGUUUUUAUAAAACCACUGUUCAGACAUUAAAGGUAAAGUAUGAUCUACGGCAACUGUGUUUUUACAAAAAAGGCCUUUUCCUCUGAAUUUUGUUCAUAAACAAGAGGUUUUGGUGAAAUUUUACCUUCUACUGCUGAUUACUCAAGAACGGAAAAGAUAAAAACAACCUUUCUUUUUCUGGUGGUCUCAGUGUUUUGAUGAGAAAAAAAAUCGGUUAAAAUGCUCUAAAAUUGCUGGCUUUGAAGGAAAUGGCUGGCAGUGAAAGAUAAAUGAGAGAUUACUGUACAACCCCCGUAUACGCAGUUUUAAUGUUGACUGCACACUGUCAUUAAUACUCCAAAACAGUAAUUAUAUUGCUUCUUGGAAUGUGACGUUAAGUUAUUGUAUUUACCAAAAGACUGUAAGACAGCCACGGUGCUCCCCGCCGCCACCCCACCUCCAUUAGCGAUGGCUGCGCUUGACAUCAUGCCUGCAGCAUAGGAUCCUGCUGCUAUCCCAGCUGAGGUGAACCCGACCGCACCCAGAACCACUGGAGCCAUGACCACCGAAGCACCUGGACCAAAGCGAACCACAUUAGUGAAAACACUACAAAAGUACGUGUGCACCUGAGCAAAAGGCUAUUUACCGGCGCCUGCAGCAACCGCAAGAACCGUCACUGAAAUACAAAAAAACAACACUUAUUGAAGACGAGGUGGUCAAAUUGCUAGCAUUGUAUAGCAUUGCUAGUAUAGUGUAUAGAUAUAUAGUAUAGUAGCGAUAUCACUUUUGAUGAUGAUGCGGUAUAAAGAGAGAUACUCACACAAUACCAUGUCGUCGUUGAUUUGAUCUGACUUGAGUUUGAAGUGAGAGGACGGUUCUGGAAAACCACAUUUAGCUGUAGAGGGCGUCAAUUCAUCCAGUUUCGUUUCUCCAGAAUAGAUGCAACACACGAGCGGCUU